AUGGAGGUGUCUGCAGUUUGCAAAGAGGUCUUGGAGCAUGGCCUUUGUGUUCUGGUGAACCAGAGAGGAGGCUGCAACUUCCAUUACUACCUGUUAAAAGUACAGGAAUCGCUGAAAGAAACGACCAGAAGGCUUAGAACGAGAUACCAGCCCCUGUUGCUGGGACUCCCCAUCCUGCUCUGCUACAUUAGAGUCCUGUCUGGGUCACUGGCAGAGAGUGAACAUCCCUAUCAGGAAGUAUUUGUUGAUGAAGAUCAUUAUCCUGGAAUCGUUCAGUGUAGGAUGUGCCACCUCAAGUUUCCAGGAGAGAAGUGCUCCAGAGGCAGAGGAAUAUGCACUAUAACAAGAGAAGAGUCUUGCACAACUGGGAGGAUUUUCAAGCGUGAUGGUACUCCAUGGUUAACCUUCAUGGGUUGCCUGAAGAGCUGUGCUAAUGUGGACAAAAUAAAAUGGAGUGUCUACUUGGUGGACUUCAGGUGCUGCCGGGGCUAUGACUUCUGCAAUGAAUUCCUAUAGAGAUUGCUUGUCUUUCUGGCCCCAAUCUCUGAAUGAUAUUGUUGCCUCAACCUCUUUACAAUGGUUUCCUAAAAAGCCACAUUUCAGAUUGCAAACACAUGGUUCUGCCUUCUGCAUGUGUAAGGAAAAUUCCUCUCCUAUUCCAGGUUUUCUCUCUUGGUCCCUGGUGGCAGGUGGGAUUUGGGGGAGAUGGGGAGGACAAACACCUUGGGAGUAAGACAAAUGCCUCCUGCAGGUUCUUACAAAGCCUAGUGCUUCUACCAUGUAGCCUAUGUUGUUUCAGAAAAGGAAGACAAGAAUAGGUCAGUUCUUUUCCUGGCUUUUCCCCUUCU